GAUGCUCGCCGAGCGGAUCGAGCCGGGCCACGCCACCUACAACAGCCUGAUCAGCGCCAGCGCCAGGGCUGGCGACACGGCGCAGGCCGCCGCGUGGCUUGCACGGCUGCGGGCCGCAGGCCUGAGGCUGACGUCGGCGACAUUCGCGGGGCAGCUGCGCUCCCCAGGCGGAGGCCGGGCGGAGGAGGUGCUGGGGCAGAUGGCGGCCGCGUCCGUGGAGCCCGGCGCGGGGUCCUACUCCCAGGUGGUGGCCGCAUUCGCACGGGCGGGGGACAUGAAGAGCGCCACCGCGUGGGUGCUGAAGAUGUCCAGCCUGGGACUCGAGCCCUCCGGCGCCUGCUUCGGCUCGAUGGUCCACGGCUUCCUGGAGGGCGGCGACGUGGAGCAGGCGGCGCACUGGAGCGAGCUCGCCGUGCGGCAGGGGCGCGUCCCCAGCGGCCCCUUCUGCCAGCAGCUGGCGAUCCGCUUCCUUCGGGCGGGCAGGCCGGACUGGGGCGACGAGUGGCUCCGCCGUGCGGCGGCGCCUGGUGCCGCCGUGCGCUGGGCGUACGACGCCCUGAUCGCGGCCUGGGCCGACAGCGGGGGCACCCGGCAGGCCGCGACGUGGCUGGGCAGGAUGCUGGCGCGCGGGCUGUGGCCGCGGCCCACCGCGUGGACGGCGAGGCGGAGCUCGUGCUGCGUCAGCUGGCCUCGGCCCGGCCAGCUGCCCCGCUGCGCCUGCCGUCUAGGAAGCGCUGCAUGCUCUGCUGA